UUAACUCGGGGCCAGGAUAGUUCCUGGCUCUGGUGCCCGCCGCCGUCUCUCUCUAGUCCGCUUCUAGUCUGGCAGUCGUCGUGAUUGUCUCUCAAAUCCUUCUUUUCACCUUCCAUCCUCUCUAUACUGUCCUUCUGUUUUCAUACUGUCUUCUCUCCCUAUCUUCGAUCGUAUCGGACUCCGCUAUCCGUAUACACACAUUUCUGUCCAAUUUCUGUUCAUUUUUCUGAUUAUUAUGCUUGUUAGGCAUUGAAUUCUCUCGACCCCGAGAGAUUCUAUCAUGCCGCACGACGACACCCGCCAGCCUGGGCGUGGUGAUUCUCCAGCCUCUUCCACAAGACGGAAAUCUGCCUCGUCGUUGGCGACGUCGGCUGUUGAGUUCGCCCAACAAGUUCAGAAACUAUCCUACCAGAAGCCAGAAGAGGGAGAUCUCAGCGCGGCCGCUGUCGAGGCUCGAUUCGUCACCCCUCAAGAUCCCAUUAUUAUCACUGGAGAUGGAGACAGGCUCCCUGGAGUACCUUUGGCGGAGGCUCACAAGCUAAACCUCCUGAAAGAGGAGCUAGAGAGCGGCGCAAGUGUUCCCACAUAUCUUGCCGAUGGGGAUGCCACACGGGGAGGCGUUGGGCGGGGAGAAGGCCAUACCAUCGGCCAUCAUAAGGCUACCAGCCUCAUGCAUCGUCUAAAGGGCAAGUCCGCUCACCCUUCGGCUGAGGGCGGCUUACGGAAGUCCAUGCCGCCGUCGCACACGAACCCCUUGUUCCCCCCGCUACCGUUGUACGGGCCUCCGUCCCUACUUCGAGAUAUCCAAUGCAGGAUUUUCCGUGUCUCGUCGUUCUUCCUGAGCUUGUCAUUCCUGGGGGUCAUUGUGCUAGGUUCUCUCUUCACUAGCAUUCCUCCGAUGUGCAGUCGUGCCUGGGACAGGAUGAUGGGUCGAGACCCCUAUUCCACACGCCCGUUUUAUGAGGAGGAAUCACGCCGAAAGCGUACAAGAGAAGGUGCGCAGCGGGCUUGGAAGCGACAGCGCUCACGGGACCCUGUCUGUCGGGCCGAGGAGCAGUGUGGUUCUAACACUUACGUACCGACCGAGGGCGGACCCGACCCUAUCAAGUGCGACGUUGGAUACUAUGCCCGCAGAGUCGGGCUCGAUGUCGAGGAAUUUCAAGUCCAGACCGAAGAUGGAUUCAUCAUAGACCUAUGGCAUGUCUUCGACCCUUGCGAGUACACCAAGUUGCCCGAUGAGGAGCGCUUACACCGGGGGCCCGAUCCCUUCACGACCACAGAGAAGAGACAUCGUCGCCAAGGUGACAAGCAAAAGUUCCCCGUCCUGCUAGUACACGGCCUCCUACAGAGCGCUGGAGCAUACUGCGUCAACGACGACGACUCGCUGGCCUUCUUCCUUUGCAAGUCGGGCUACGACGUUUGGCUGGGCAACAACAGGUGCGGUUUCAAGCCGAAGCACGUCCUUCUCAAGUAUUCGGACCCGCGCAUGUGGUGUUGGAAUAUCCGGCAAAUGGGCGUUUUCGAUCUCAGCGCGCUGACUUCUCGGGUCCUCUACGAGACGGGCUUCGAGAAGAUCGGGCUGGUGUGCCACUCCCAGGGCACGACGGAAGCCUUUGUCGCCCUUGCCAAGGAGCAGCGCCCGGAGCUGGGUGAGAAGCUGACCGUCUUUUGCGCCCUCGCCCCGGCGGCGUACGCCGGGCCCCUGAUUGGCAAGAUGUACUUCAAAUUCAUGCGGGUGAUCUCGCCGUCCAUGUUCCGCCUCAUUUUCGGCAUCCACGCCUUUAUACCGCUCAUGAUGACGAUGCAUUCCAUCUUACCGCCACGGGUCUACGGCUGGCUCGGCUACAAGGUCUUUUCGUUUCUCUUCGGCUGGACCGACGACAGGUGGGAUCGCGGCUUGCGGGACCGCAUGUUCCAGUUUGCUCCGGUGUACGUCAGCGCCGAGUCAAUGCGCUGGUGGCUCGGGCGGGAAUGCUUUGCCAGGCACAAAUGCAUCUUGUCCACGAAAGAAGAAUGGCGUGCCGAGGAACGCGAAGACGACGAACGAACCCGGGAGCGCGAUGUCAUUGACGAAGCGGGCCGGGGUCCCCAAGGCGAUGCCGGCGCCGAGAGGAAUAAGCCAGAGGCGCAUGUGAGGAGGCCAAAGGGCUCCACGGCCUGGUACAAUGAGCAGGUACCCCCAUUCGCCCUCUGGGUCUGUGGCAAUGACAAGCUCGUCGACGGGGAGAGGUUGAUACGGAGGUUCGAAAACGGUCGGGAACCUCACGUCAACGUGGUCCACAGCAAGGUCAUUCCAAAUUUCGAGCACUUGGAUGUGGUCUGGGCCAUGGAUGCCGUCGAUCAAGUCUUCAAGGAGGUUCGCGAGGUUCUUUGGAAGACCUGCGACGUUAGGGACGUUUGCCGGGUGCCGCGAGACUGUGAGGAUGUGCCACAGUGGACUCCCUCGAGGAAGAAGGAUACAGAAGGGGCGAUUGAUGAUGACCAAGGCCAGUCAAGCAGCAGCAACGAGGACUUGGCCUCGGGGUCAUGAUACGGCGCGCUGGUUCAUGCAGUGGGGAGGAAAUGGAAACCAUGUUGGUCCAGAGAAAUGUAUAUUGUGUACUAGAUAAUCCACGUCCAUACCUACCAUGUAUCAUACAUACUACCUAUAUAUACCAUUACGUAUCGUAGGGAUAGAAGAUCACUACCUAUUCUGCGCGUCGGCCUUGAACUGUCUACAUGCAAUACAGACAGGAAACAGCCCGGCUUUUGCGGAGAAUGAACCGGGGAAAUGAUCCUUAUGAUGGGAGUGUGGGGUUCGGCUGCUAGUUAGGCGAACUGGACCCCUGGAACGGAAAACUUACGGAUAUUUCCCGUGGAUGUAACAUACAUGUACAGUAGCUCUCCCCCCUCCUUCUAACUUUGAUAGCCAAG